GGAGACAGCGGCAGUCCAGGGAUUCAGGGAAUGAUGGGCCCCCAGGGAGCUCCAGGGAAAGAUGGAAUUCAAGGAGCCAAGGGCGUUCGAGGCCUAGAAGGCACAGCUGGGCCACCGGGACCACCAGGGCCGCGGGGUUUCCAAGGAAUAGCAGGGGCAAGAGGUGGCCCUGGAGAGAGGGGCCCCCCAGGAGAGGUUGGGCCAACGGGGCUGCCUGGUCCAAAAGGAGAAAGGGGAGAGAAAGGUGAACCGCAGUCCAUAGCCGCCAUCUAUCACUUGGUAAACCAGGCCUGCGAGCGUCUGAUUCAGUCUCAUGUUUUGAAGCUUGACGCCUUCCUCCACGAACAUGCACAGAAGCCUGUUCCCAUCUGGGAAGACAAACCGAAGGUGGGAGAGCCUGGCCCCCCAGGUCUUCCUGGACCCCCGGGAAUGAAAGGAGAAAGAGGAGAAGUGGGGAUGCCCGGGCAGCCAGGCCGAGAUGGAUAUCCGGGAGAACGAGAUUGA